UAUUUUACAAAUCGCGUCUAAUCUAUGUAUGUACAUACAACUCAUCCAUGGUUAUUGGCAACUGUCAAGCAAGCUUCCGACAAGCUUGUAUGUAAAACAGAUCGACAGUUCGGGGAGGUGAAAUAAACAUGCGUGCGGUGUGCAAAGUGGUAUUGGGCCCAAAAUAAGAUUGAUUACGAGCAUCUUCGAUAUCGCGCACCUCAAGAGCGUCGCGAUAAGCGCACACUUCGUUGCCGUGCACAUGACAAUGAGCGUUCUCGCGCUUUGGCACUCGUUCUGAGUCACGGAAUCUACGAUAAGAGUUCUCGGCAUUCGCAACGAAGAGUGGAGUGGAUCUCUCUUGCUCUUUUUUUCGUGAUACUGCGAUGCCGCUGCGUUUCAGCGGCGCGAAGAAUAAUGCGUUGUCAUUGAUGACGGUCGGAGGGCACGCGUCCUCGUGCUUGUCAACGUCGAUUCGACGGUGAACGGAGAAAGAGAGAGAGAGAGAGAGAUGGGCAAACAAAACGGUUCGUGCUGGUGGUGCGUAAAGGCCGUCAAGUGGAUACCAGUGAUAUUCAUUUUGACAAUUGUCGCCUGGUCCUAUUACGCUUACGUCGUGCAACUAUGCUACUAUACAAUAGACAGCUAUGUUCAAAAAGCUUUCUACCUGAUUUUCUUCCACAUCUUAAUUCUGAUGUUUUUAUGGUCAUAUUGGCAGACAGUGUACACAAACUUAAUGCCGGUGCCUGAUAAGUUUAAAAUACCUGAUGUUGAAAUGGAGAAACUACAGCAAGCUGAAACAGAAGAAGCACAGAGACAAAUUUUGGAAAGAUUUGCACAAGAUCUUCCAGUUACUAAUCGCACUAUAAAAGGAGCUAUGCGAUUUUGCGAGAAAUGUCAGUUAAUAAAGCCUGAUAGGGCACACCAUUGCAGCGUAUGUGGCACUUGUGUCCUAAAAAUGGAUCAUCAUUGUCCAUGGGUGAAUAAUUGUGUAGGCUUCCACAACUACAAAUUUUUUAUGCUGUUCCUGGCAUACGCACUUCUUUACUGUAUGUUUAUUACCGCCACAUCUUUACAAUACUUUAUACGAUUUUGGAAAGGUGAAUUAGAUGGAAUGGGCCGAUUUCAUCUACUAUUUCUUUUUUUUGUUGCGUUGAUGUUUGCAGUCAGUCUUAAUUCCCUUUUCUUCUACCAUUGCUAUCUUGUUGUGCAUAAUAGGUCAACGCUAGAGGCCUUCAGAACACCUAUGUUUCGAACAGGGAAAGACAAGGAUGGAUUUAGUCUGGGAAAAUACAAUAAUUUUCAGGAAGUAUUUGGUGACAAUCCACGGCUUUGGUUUCUUCCUAUAUUUAGUAGUCUGGGAAAUGGUGUCGUCUAUCCAGUAAGAUCGCAACACCAGGGCACACCCAAUACUUAUGACUCCAUGGGCAGUACUCAGAACAGCUUUGGAGACGGGGUAAACUUUCCUGAGCGGCUGUGUAAUGAGGAUACACAUACUCUGUUGGGCACCCACGGCACCCAACAGUGGGGUGAUGAAACCGAGUUUGAUUCCCCACCUCCCUACGUAAAUCAGCACUGCUGUGAUAGGUCCUUCUGUUGAUGUCGACCAACCACUGAUGAAUACCACAGAAUCUGUCUGAAUAGCACCGUGUUUUUAUGACAAAUCGAUAUAGGUAUGUGCUUUCAUGCAAUUGCUAUUUUUGCUUUAUGAUACCGAGUAUAAUUCGGAAUAUAAAUUUAAUUUAUAUUUGAUGUGUGCUUUUUUACAUUGUAAAGAAACAUUUCUUUAAAUUAUUGGCAUUGUGCAUUCAAAUUUUUUGUUCUGUAAGUGGAAAUCACACUAAAUUGUUAGUCCAGUAAAUGCAAAUAUUUUUUGACAUUACGGAGUGUAUCUCCUGCGUACACAUCAAGAGAUUUGAAUAUAUUAACUGUAUUAUAUAUAUAUAUAUAUAUAUAUAUAUAUAUAUAUAUAUAUAUAUUAUAUAUAUAUUGUAAUAUAUAUUAUACAUGGAUCAUUGUUAAACAAAUUGUUAUAAUUACUUGUAAUUUUAAUCAUAGUACGCAGAUAUAAUUAGAUUAGCCUAUUAUAAUGUAAUACAUUAAUAUCUAUGUUAAACUACUUUAUAAUUGCUUGAGUGUGUAGACUUGUAUCAUAAAUAAUGAGACGAGUCAUUGCAGUAUAAUCCAGGAAUUACUGCAUUUGCAAUGACUAUCUGUCAAAAUAUAGACAUAUAUGGGUGUGUUGAAUAAAACCAGAUUUAUAAAUAAA